CAGCGGACGAGGAUGCUCUGUUGUCUGGUGCGCACUCUCCUGUCUCCAGCUCUCCGCGAUCACCAUGGAAGAGCUUAAUUAAUGCACAGGCUUUAUGUGACCCUGCUGCUACCCGGAGCUGAUGAAUUUUAAACCGCCGUCUGAGACCCCGGACCUGCGUUUUUCGCCCUCCGAAGCCUCUGGAGCCGUUUUACCGAGCGGAGAGGACCGCGGCUGAGCCAUAAAAGUCUUCAGAAAAGAGGCAAAUUAUGCCAGCAGCACCAGAGUCGCUCCCCCUGGUGACGUGCCAGCUCAUUGGUCAGACUACUCUGCCCUUCUCUAGCCACCCCGUCUACCCUGGCAGAUCCAUGCUGCUGGAUGCUCCUCACAGAGCCACGCCCGCACCAUGAGCGCCAACGGGCCCGCCCCAGACCCAGCCCCCGCGGCCCCAGAGGCCCCUCCCGCCUCAACCCCUGCCCCCGCUGCGGCCCCAGCCCCAGCCCCGGCCCCUGUGGCACCGCCCGCUCCUCCUGCCCUACCUGCCCCGGCGUCCACUACCAUCCCGGUAGGUGCGUUGGCACAGAAGAAGCGGCAGCAGUAUGCCAAAAGCAAGAAACAGGGCAGCAACGCCAACAGCAGGCCACCGAGGGCUCUGUUCUGCCUCAACCUCAACAACCCCAUACGCAGGGCCUGCAUCAGCCUGGUGGAGUGGAAGCCAUUUGAUAUCUUUAUAUUAAUUGCUAUUUUUGCCAACUGUAUGGCCUUAGCUGUCUAUGUCCCCUUCCCUGAAGAUGAUUCCAACUCCACAAAUCAUGACCUGGAAACAGUUGAGUAUGCCUUCCUCAUCAUUUUCACAAUUGAGACCUUUCUGAAGAUUAUCGCCUACGGUUUGGUAAUGCACCAGAAUGCAUAUGUGAGAAACGGUUGGAACAUGCUGGAUUUCGUCAUUGUCGUGAUAGGACUCUUCAGUGUUGUCUUGGAGCUUUUGACCAAAGAAGAGAAGUCAGAUGGUGAAGGAGAAGCUAACCAUCCAUCAAUGCACGGACACGGCGGAAAACCAGGUGGAUUCGAUGUUAAAGCCCUUCGAGCCUUCCGUGUGCUGCGACCCCUGCGGCUGGUCUCAGGAGUACCCAGUUUACAGGUGGUGUUGAACUCCAUCAUUAAAGCCAUGGUCCCUCUCCUUCACAUCGCCCUCCUGGUCUUGUUUGUCAUCAUCAUCUACGCUAUUAUCGGCCUGGAGCUUUUCAUCGGUAAAAUGCACGCCACCUGCUUUAUUCCUGGCUCAGAUGCGAUAGCGGAAGAGGAACCCGCUCCAUGUGCGAUCUCAGGGCACGGGCGCCAAUGCCCCAUCAAUGGCAGCGAGUGCAGGGAAGGCUGGCAAGGUCCCAACGGUGGCAUCACCAACUUUGACAACUUCCUGUUUGCCAUGCUGACAGUGUUUCAGUGUAUCACCAUGGAGGGCUGGACCGACGUGCUGUACUGGAUGAACGAUGCUAUGGGCUUUGAGCUUCCAUGGGUGUACUUUGUCAGUCUUGUGAUCUUCGGCUCCUUUUUCGUUCUUAACCUGGUUUUGGGUGUGUUGAGCGGAGAGUUUUCCAAGGAGAGAGAGAAGGCCAAAGCCCGCGGAGACUUCCAGAAGCUGCGUGAGAAGCAGCAGCUGGAGGAGGAUCUGAAGGGUUACUUGGACUGGAUCACUCAGGCCGAAGACAUUGACCCCGACAACGAGGAUGAGGCCGAUGAGGAGAGCAAACGCAACCGGGUGACUCUGGCUGACCUUACUGAGAAGAAGAAAGGAAGGUUUGGGUGGUUCAGCCAGUCGUCCGACACUCAUGCGAGCGUGCCAGCCAGCGAAACAGAAUCUGUGAACACCGAGAAUCAAAACGGGGAGGAUGAAAAGACACCAUGCUGUGGACCUCUGUGUCAAAAAAUUUCAAAGUCAAAGUUCAGUCGGCGCUGGCGCCGCUGGAACAGGUUCUGUCGCAGGAAGUGCCGGUUGGCAGUGAAAUCGGUGCCUUUCUAUUGGCUGGUCAUCAUCCUGGUGUUUCUCAACACUCUCACCAUAUCAUCAGAGCAUUACAACCAGCCUAUGUGGCUGACACAAGUGCAGGAUGUGGCCAACAAGGUGCUGCUCGCCCUGUUCACGUGUGAAAUGUUGGUGAAGAUGUACAGUCUCGGGCUACAGGCCUAUUUUGUGUCAUUGUUCAACCGUUUUGACUGCUUUGUGGUGUGUGGAGGAAUCACUGAAACCAUUCUAGUCGAGCUGGAAAUCAUGUCCCCUCUCGGUAUCUCUGUGUUCCGCUGCGUCCGCCUGCUGAGGAUCUUCAAGGUCACGCGUCACUGGCAGUCUCUGAGUAACCUGGUGGCGUCUCUGCUCAACUCCAUGAAGUCCAUCGCUUCCCUGCUGCUGCUGCUCUUCCUCUUCAUCAUCAUCUUCUCCCUGCUGGGUAUGCAGGUGUUUGGUGGAAAGUUCAACUUUGAUGAGACCCAGACCAAGAGGAGUACCUUCGACAACUUCCCCCAAGCCCUUCUCACUGUGUUUCAGAUCCUGACCGGAGAAGACUGGAACGCUGUUAUGUAUGAUGGGAUCAUGGCGUAUGGAGGCCCUUCCUCUUCUGGGAUGAUCGUGUGCUUUUACUUCAUCAUCCUCUUCAUCUGUGGAAACUAUAUUCUCCUGAAUGUCUUCUUGGCUAUCGCUGUGGACAACUUGGCAGAUGCAGAGUCUCUCAACACGGACGAAGGAGACAAGAAAGGGGACAAAAAGGACGAUGACAAAGAUGAGAAGGACGAAGAAGAGGACAAUGAUGACACUGCGGCGGAGGAGGAGGAUCCAGAAGUUCCAUCGGGGCCUCGGCCGGUCAUCUCUGAGCUGGUGAAGAAGGAGAAGAUCACACCAAUCCCAGAGGGAAGCGCCUUCUUCAUCUUCAGCACCACAAACCCGGUUCGUGUGUUUUGCCACAAACUUAUCAACCACCACAUAUUCACCAACCUCAUCUUGGUGUUCAUCAUGCUCAGCUCCGUCUCACUCGCUGCUGAGGAUCCCAUCCGAAACUUCUCAGCUCGCAAUAUUAUACUUGGUUACUUUGACUAUGCUUUCACGGCUAUCUUUACUGUUGAGAUCGUAUUGAAGAUGACCACAUACGGAGCCUUUCUCCAUAAAGGGGCAUUCUGUAGGAAUUACUUCAACCUCCUGGACCUGUUGGUGGUGGGAGUUUCUCUGGUCUCCUUUGGCAUUCAGUCCUCGGCCAUCUCAGUGGUGAAGAUUCUCAGGGUCCUGCGUGUUCUUCGACCCCUGAGGGCCAUCAACCGAGCCAAGGGCCUAAAGCACGUGGUGCAGUGUGUGUUUGUGGCCAUCAGAACUAUCGGUAACAUCAUGAUCGUCACCACUCUGCUCCAGUUCAUGUUCGCCUGCAUAGGGGUGCAGCUAUUUAAGGGAAAGUUCUAUCGCUGCACAGAUGAAGCCAAGUCCAGCCCAGAAGAGUGCAAGGGCACAUUCAUCCUGUAUAAGGACGGAGAUGUGAACCAGCCGACCAUCCACAAACGACUGUGGCACAAUAGCGACUUUAACUUUGACAACGUCCUCAUGGCUAUGAUGGCUCUGUUCACUGUGUCCACGUUUGAAGGCUGGCCUGCUUUACUCUACAAGGCAAUCGACUCCAACAGAGAGAACCUGGGUCCCAUUUACAACUACCGCGUGGAGAUUUCCAUCUUCUUCAUCAUCUACAUCAUCAUCAUCGCUUUCUUCAUGAUGAACAUCUUUGUAGGUUUUGUGAUCGUCACAUUUCAGGAACAAGGAGAGAAAGAGUACAAAAACUGUGAAUGUGUGUGUGUGUGUCGUCAGUGUGUGGAGUACGCUCUUAAGGCACGUCCGCUAAGGAGGUACAUCCCUAAAAACCCAUACCAGUACAAGUUCUGGUAUGUGGUGAACUCCACGGGGUUUGAGUACAUCAUGUUUGUGCUCAUCAUGCUCAACACGCUCUGCCUGGCUGUGCAGCACUACGGCCAGUCGGCGCUCUUUAACUACGUAAUGGACAUCCUUAAUAUGGUCUUCACUGCUGUCUUCACUGUGGAAAUGGUUCUUAAACUCAUCGCUUUCAAACCCAGGCACUAUUUCGCUGAUGCUUGGAACACAUUUGAUGCCUUAAUUGUUGUUGGUAGCGUCGUCGAUAUUGCUAUCACUGAAGUUAAUCCAACGGAGACUCCUCAGGUGGAUGAGCAGGGGAACACGGAGGACAGCGCUCGCAUCUCCAUCACCUUCUUCCGUCUGUUUCGAGUCAUGCGGUUGGUCAAACUCCUCAGCAGAGGGGAGGGCAUUCGCACGCUGCUGUGGACUUUCAUUAAAUCUUUCCAGGCUUUGCCAUAUGUUGCUCUUCUGAUAGCCAUGCUGUUCUUCAUCUACGCUGUCAUCGGCAUGCAGAUGUUUGGAAAGGUUGCCAUGGUGGACGGCACGCACAUCAACAGAAACAACAACUUCCAGACCUUCCCUCAGGCUGUGCUCCUUCUCUUCAGGUGUGCCACUGGAGAGGCGUGGCAGGAGAUCAUGUUGGCCUGCAUGUCAGGGAAACUGUGUGACCCAGAGUCCGACUACAACCCCGGGGAGGAGAUGACAUGUGGCAGUGGAUUUGCAAUAAUUUAUUUCAUCACCUUCUACAUGCUCUGCGCCUUCUUGAUCAUCAAUUUGUUUGUGGCCGUCAUCAUGGACAACUUUGACUAUCUAACACGUGAUUGGUCCAUUCUUGGACCGCACCACCUCGAUGAAUUCAAGAGAAUUUGGUCAGAGUACGACCCAGAGGCAAAGGGCAGAAUUAAACAUCUGGAUGUUGUAACACUUCUUCGGCGUAUCCAGCCUCCUCUUGGCUUUGGCAAACUGUGCCCUCACAGAGUCGCUUGCAAGAGGCUGGUAGCCAUGAACAUGCCUCUGAACAGUGAUGGCACGGUCAUGUUUAACGCCACUUUGUUCGCACUGGUUCGCACUGCGCUGAAGAUCAAAACUGAAGGUAAUCUCGAGCAGGCCAACGAAGAGCUGCGAGCUGUCAUCAAAAAAAUCUGGAAGAGGACCAGCAUGAAGCUGCUGGAUCAAGUGGUGCCCCCUGCUGGUGAUGAUGAGGUAACCGUGGGGAAGUUCUAUGCCACCUUCCUGAUACAGGACUACUUUAGGAAAUUCAAGAAACGUAAAGAGGAGGGCCUGGUGGGUGCUCACCCGUCGCAGAACAACACGGCCAUCGCGCUACAGGCUGGCCUUCGCACGCUGCAUGAUAUUGGGCCCGAAAUUCGCCGAGCGAUAUCAUGUGAUCUGCAAGAUGACGAGCUAGUAGACUUUAUUCCAGAGGAAGACGAGGAAAUUUAUAGGCGUAACGGCGGACUCUUCGGGAACCACCUCAUGAACGGCGGUCAUCGGCGAUCCAAUGGCCACCAGACCAACGCCACGCAGCGACCUCUGCAGGUGCAGCCUCCACCUCACUACGCCCACAUGGAGCAGCCGGUGGGACGCCUGUCUCGAGCCAAUGCAAUGUCCCACCCCAACCACCAUCAUCACCACCACCACCAUCACCACCGCCACCACAACUCUUACGGAAAGUCUCCAAAAUCCACCAACAUCAACCUCAACAACGCCAAUGUGUCCAGUCUUCCCAACGGAGGACACCAUCGGUACUAUGAACAUGCACCUCCCAAUGGCUACCCGGGUCUACGCAGCUCCUACUAUGACUACGACAAGCCGCGGACACCCCAGGGUCAAAGAAGGCGCUACUAUGAGACCUAUGUUAGGUCCCAGGGUGUUGAUGGACGCCACCCCACCAUCCGCAGGGAGGAGGAGUUUGAUGAGGACCGUUUCUCUGGGGAGUAUUACAGCGGGGAGGAGUUUUAUGAGGACGACAGCAUGCUGUCAGGGGACAGGUACCAGAACAGUGAUACAGAGUAUGAGACUCCCAAAGGUUACCAUCACCCCGACAGUUACUAUGACGAUGACGAGCAGCCUCUCUACCGCGACUCACGGAGGUCACCAAAGAGACGGUUGCUUCCUGCAACGCCUCAAGGUCACAGGAGACCAUCCUUCAACUUUGAGUGUCUGCGCAGACAAAGUAGCCAGGACGAGCUUCCACAUCAGCGUACUGCUCUACCACUGCACCUUAUGCAGCACCAGGUUAUGGCUGUAGCAGGCCUGGACUCCAGCAGAGCCCACCGCCUCUCCCCGACCCGCUCCACCCGCUCCUGGGCCACUCCCCCCGCCACACCGGCCAGUAAAGACCAGUCCCCAUACUACACCCCUCUCAUCCGUGUGGACCACCCACACAGGGAGAGUGCUGCUAGCAGCCAAGUGUCUGUGCGCAAGAGCUCUUGGUACACAGACGACCCCGAGUUCUCCCAGAGGACGUACUCACCUGUCCACCUGCAGGUGCCACCUGAGUACCACAACCAGUACCACCAGAAGAGAGGGAGCGCCACCAGCCUUGUGGAAGCGGUUUUGAUAUCUGAAGGGCUUGGGAGAUACGCCAAGGAUCCCAAGUUCGUCGCUGCCACAAAGCACGAGAUAGCAGAUGCAUGUGAGAUGACGAUAGAUGAGAUGGAGAGCGCAGCCAGCCACCUGCUGAACGGAGGGAUGGCCCCGAGCGUCAACGGGGUUAACGUGUUCCCCCUUCUGACUCCAAGGGACUAUGAACUGCAGGACACCGCAGCCAGCUACAGCGACGAGGAGCCAGAGACAGAACCGAGAGCUCCUUACGAGGAGGACCUGGCAGACGAGAUGAUCUGCAUUACGACUUUAUAGCAGUGGCUGGAGAAAUCUCAGAACCUUGUCAGACUACAAUCAGCGAAAAAUUUAAAAAGAAAUGCAUCUGUUGGCUCUGACCAAAAGAAGUGCCUUUUACAUCGAAGAGAAAAAGGCAUAAAGACGAGAGACACAUUAGUCCUGUUCAUUUAGUUGUUCUCCACCUGCCAGAUGAGGAGGUCACAGCACAGAGCCAGAUACCAUCCCUGCUGAGCACAGAGGGACUGACGGCACCCUCCUGUCGAGGGCCUCGAGCUGGAGGUGACGUACAGGUUCGGCCUGCAGCCAACCAGAGAUGACGAUAUUGAUGCCAGUGAAAGAUGGACCAAUUGGCAAAGGUGUGAGAUACUCUCUAGGACGGGUCUCUAAAGGUGAUGACAAUCAGAUGUACGAUGUCAUUACCUCGGUCACUUUAUUAAGGUUUGGCAUAUCAUGCAAGUUUUCAAUGCAAGCAUAGAAAGGCAUAUCUCCUCCCUGUAGUCAUUAGUAUGACCUGAUCCCUUUGUCGUUAGAGCAGAACGUUUAUUGAGCGCUACAGCCAAGUCAAAAAGUGAAGAGCACCAGUAGAGUCCUACCAGAUUAUGCAGGAACUUACUGUCCUACUUAUAGCAUCAUUCAACUUGAGAUAUGUACUUUUGAAGCGACAAAAGCAUUUGUGAUAAAUGCACUAG